AUGUAUUGUGCAGAUAAUUAAAUAAGUUGCACAAUUAUUUAUGCUUUGAACAUAUUUGGCUUGCUUCUUGUACUGGGAAUAUUGUUCAAAAGCCGGGAAUCCUAUUUAAAGGAAUGGAAAAGAAUAAGACAAGUCAUUAAAGAUUACUCAAUAGAUUAUCGAAGUGCUGGAAAUUUUCCAAUAUUCGCAAAGUUUUUAGGUGUGUUAAUAGGAUUUUGUAUCCUAAUAAUAGCAAGCAUAAUUUCUAUAAUUCUGUGGGACUCUAGUUUCGGGUUAAUGGAGGUUUCUAAUGUGUUUUUGUGGACUACCUGCGCUUUCUUAUUUUACAUUGAUUAUCGCUCUAUUUUCAAGUUUUCAAAAUAAUUACGUCUGGCGUUAGCCAUUAUUUUGAUUAUUUAAUUUACAUCAGGUUUAGUAUUCGGAAUAGAGAGAAAUUUAGAAAAAGAAAAUAAAGGAAUUGAUGAUUUAACCGUAGAAGCAUCAGUCUAUUUGUGUAAUUUCAUAAUUGUGCUUGUUAUUAAUAUAAUAAGCUUAUUCUUUCCAAAGUUUGAAUAUCAAAAAAUAAACAAGAAUAGCGAUGAUAAUAAUUUUAUUAGCAUUAAUAAUCUUUCACAUCAUUUGAUUAGUGAUGAUUCAUUCUCUCUUUAAACUUAAAAAUAGAAUCCUUAAUAAAAUUCAUCAAGUUAAAGACAAUCUAUAUCUAAAAAUCCAAAAAGGAAUCAAUCAUUUAUAGAUUAAUUAGAUGAAUUUAAAAAGGAUGAUGGCUCUUAAAAUUCUCUGGGUUCUUCAAGCAUAUAAAAAUUAAAAUAGGAACAGUCAGGAUUGAUUGAUCUAACUUAUGGGUUAAAGAAAGAAGAAGAAGCUAUUUAAAAGGAGAAGGAACAAAAGGAAUUGAUGAGUUAAAUUUUCGACAUGCAUAAAUAAUUAGAUGAAAAACUAAACAAAUUCAAAUAAGAUAGUGAAGUUAAUCAAUAGGAAUAAUAGUAAUCACCUGUUAAGGAUAAGGAGCAAAAGAAUAGUAAUUAAGAGUUAACCGAGCUUUCAAACUAAUUAAAUACAUAGAAAUAACCAGAGGCUAAUGUAAAUUCAAAAUAUGAAAUUCAGAGCAUUAAGAUUGAAGGAUUUGAAGAGAUUAAGAAAUAAGGAAAAAGAUUCAUAUAUUUUAAGAUAUUCUAUUUUUCAAAUUCUAAAUAAAGACAAGUCAGAACUGAACAUAAUUUGAAAGAAUUUCAAUAAUUAAGAUAUGCUUUAUCAUAAAUAUAUGUAAAUCACUCAUUCCCAGAAAUACCAGAAAAAAAACCCAAUGAAAGAUUAACAGGAAAAGAUGUUGCAAGUAGAGGAGAGGCUCUUGAAAAGUUCUUAUAAUUUAUAGUUUAACAUCAAAUGUAAUGCCCAACUUUAGAUAAAUUUUUAGAGGAAACAUCAGGACCUGUUCUUAUUGAAGAUGAAAAGGAAACAAAUAUUGAUCAAGUGUUGAAAGAUAAAUCAUUUGAUGACUUCUUAGAAAUAAGAAAGGCAAGCAUUACUUCUAAGCAAAGCUAUCUAGAUAAAGAUUUUAAUGAAGAUAGUCUUGAUCCAAAAAGUAGGUUAAACUCAUCCUCGUAUGAUUAAACAUCAUAUUUCUCAAGAAAUCCUGAUCGAUAUUAAUCUAGCAUAUAACCAGGGAUGGGAAAUGGUCAUAAAUUUAUUAUUAAGGAAGUUAAAACCCUUUAAUAAAUUACUUAUUAUAAAAUUGAGGGAUCAAUAAAUAAUCAGACUGUCGCAACUGUUUAAAGAAGGUAUAAUGAUUUUAAAGAAUUGUAUAAAAAGCUAUUAGAAAGGCAAUAUUAAAUCCCUGUUCUACCAAACGAACCAAUUUAAAAAUAGUAAGAUGUUAUAGCUUAUAGACAAGAAGCUUUAGCAUAAUUUUUAAAUGCCUUGUAUUAAAAUAAAUCAGUAAAAACUAAUAUGGUUUUUAAAGAAUUUGUGGGUAUUUGA